AUGCUUCCUGUAGGAAAUAUCCAGGUUCCUAUCCAUUUCCUAAGGGGGCAGGAUAAUCAAACAGUUGCCCAUAAAAAGCAUCCUAAAGGAGACGUAGGGCGACAACCAGAAGCGUCCUUCUGGAGACGCAGCCCGCAAAGCAGCAUCCUAAGGGAGCCGCAGGGUGCGCCAGGAAUUUCCCAAGGGAGAUAUCCAGGUUCCUAUCCGUUUCCUAAAGGGGGCAGGUUAAUCAUACAGUUGUCCAUAAGCAGCGUCCUAAGGGAGAUGCAGGGCAACGACCAGAAGCGUUUUUAA